AUGUUUCGCAGCAGUCAGUGUGUGCCGGUCCUGGUGCUUGUGCUGUGCCACACGCAGCACACUUACAGUGGGAAGGUCCUGCUAUGGCCAGGGGAGCACAGCCACUGGCUAAACAUGAAGAACAUUGUGGCAGCGUUGUCAGCGAAAGGACACGAGAUGACCGUGCUGACUCAUUCUGCUACUCCUACCAUCACGGCCGACCAGUCGACCAGCUGCAGCUUCGAGAUCGUCCCAGUGCCCUAUACGGCACAAGACAUGAAUGACAUAUUGCAGGAAUUUCUUCAGUACAUUAUGUACGACAGGCCAAAUGAUUCCUACAUCCAGACCUUCCUGAAGAUCAAGGCAUUCAUUAAUGUGCUCACCGAGAAGAACAAGGCAUUCUGUCGCGCCUUAUUCAAUAACAAAGAGUUGCUGGAGAAGUUGAGGCAGACGCGAUAUGACGUUCUGCUGACUGACCCCAUGUUUCUAUGCGGCAAGCCAACAUCAGUCUGUGAGGCCAUGGGGAAGGCAGACAUUUGGUUGAUCCGUACCUACUGGGACUUUGAAUAUCCCCGACCUUUUCUUCCAAACUUCAAAUUUGUUGGCGGCCUUCACUGUAAACCUGCCAAGCCUCUGCCUGAGGACAUGGAGGAAUUUGUGCAGAGCUCAGGGGAAGAUGGGAUUGUGGUGUUUUCUCUGGGUUCAAUGAUAAAGAACCUCACCAGAGAAAGGAGAGACGUAAUUGCUUCUGCUCUGGGACAAAUAUCACAAACGGUCCUCUGGAGAUACAGUGAGGAGAAGCCAGACACUUUACCUCCCAACAUCAGACUUUUUGACUGGAUUCCUCAGAAUGACCUGCUAGGCCAUCCAAAAACCAAAGCCUUCAUUACUCAUGGAGGGACCAAUGGCAUGUAUGAGGCGAUUUACCAUGGUGUCCCCAUGGUGGGUAUUCCCCUGUUUGGUGACCAGCCGGAUAACAUGCUCCACAUGAAGACUAAGGGGGCUGCUGUCAUCCUGGACUUCAACCAGUUUCAGGCACAAGACCUUGUGCUUGCUGUCAACGCUGUGAUAAAUGACCCAUCGUACAAAGAAAGCGCAAUGAGGCUUUCAAGAAUCCACCAUGACCAGCCAAUGAGCGCACUGGACCAGGCCGUUUUCUGGAUCGAGUUUGUGAUGCGGAACAAGGGAGCGAAGCACCUCAGAGUGCAGGCCCAUAAUCUGUCCUGGUAUCAGUACCACUGUCUGGAUGUCCUAGCUGCACUUCUGGCCACAGUGGUGCUGAUCGCUGUCAUCUUCUUCAAAGCGUGCUGCUUUUGUCUCCGCAAGUGUUGCACCAGAUCAAAAACCAAAAGUAAAAAAGAAUGAUUUCUGUAGUAUGUUGUCACCUCUCCAGAGGUGGCUUACAUUGGCCUAACCUUCUGGAGGAAUGUUCGAAACACAAAGCCUGUCAUUUUUAUUCCCAGCUGGGUUGCUACUGUUGUACCAUUGAGAAUGCACUUAAUCUUAAAUUUGUUUCAGUGAAUAUGCAGCUGUAUAAAUGGGUUGCAUGGAAAAACAGAUGUAUGCAGAGAUAAGAAUGUUUGCUGAAGGCUGAAACAUAUGUAAUAAUUUCCUGCUGCUGCCAAUAUCCACUUACAUUUUCAGUCGUUAUUCCCUGUGGAAUCAAAACAUUUUCAGAUUUCUUCACAGUACAUUUGAAAUUAUUUUUAUAUGUAACAUUUUUUUACGAAGAAAAAAAUGCUCUUCAGCAAACACUGUUUACUGUCCCUCUGUGAAAGGAUGUAAAUAUUACACAGUUUACAAAAUCCUACUAAAUGAAAAAACAACUAAAUUAUCCAUCCAUCCAUCCAUCCAUCCAUCCAUCAUCUUAACCCGCUUAACCUGAACAGGGUCGCAGGGGGGCUGGAGCCUAUCCCAGCAUACAUUGGAUGAAAGGCAGGAGUACACCCUGGACAGGUUGCCAGUCCAUCACAGGGCACACACACCAUUCACUCACACACUCAUACCUAUGGGCAAUUUAAACUCUCCAAUCAGCCUAACAUGCAUGUCUUUGGACUGUGGGAGGAAACCGGAGUACCCGGAGGAAACCCACACAGACACAGGGAGAACAUGCGAACUCCGCACAGAGAGGCCCCGGCCGACGGGGAUUCGAACCCAGGACCUCCUUGCUGUGAGGCAGCAGUGCUACCCACUGCACCAU